AUGAAAAGUAACCAUUUUCCGGGCUUAUUGCCGGUUUUGGGCCUGGAAAUAAACUGUUCAAGUGAUGGAAAUACGAAUACUCAUCCGGGCCGGAUUUCAGUUUUACCUGCAGGAUGGUCGAAAACGAGUAGGAGAACAAGAACAAGGCCCGGAAAGGCCUGCACAUCUUCUGUUCAGGCCCGGAUGUGCAGUCCCAAUCCUAAUCAGGGCAUGUCGGGCUCUGACAACGAAGUUCACAAUACAGAGAAUCUGCCUCCUAAGAAAAGGAAGAUAGAAUCUGGUGGAAACUCAAGCCCAAGACUCCCUUUCCCAAGCGGGCCCUUGUUGAUGAAUCAAGGCCCAGAAAGUUUGAAAAGGGUGAAGAACUUGGAUGGUAUUGAUAAUGUUAUUGCUCACAAGAAUCCCAUCAGGGACCGAAAGCCCCACACUUGUGAUAUAUGUACCCGGGCUUUUAGGAGCUACCAGGCUUUGGGAGGACACAAGUCCCACCACAACAGUAAGGUCCAUCACGACAUUAUGCCGGCUCGUGAAGCCUCGACUCGCGUUGUUGGCUCGUCACUUGUGGACUAUCAAUGGCCCGAAGCCCGGCCUUGUGGCGUGGAGCAUAAGUGCAUGUUAUGUGACCGUGUGUUUUCGAAAGGGCAGGCCCUUGGCGGGCACAAGCGGCAUUGUAGACGGGCCGUGAAUGGAAGAGGGGACGAGAUGGGAAAUGGGCUGGGCCCGGGCUUUGAUUUCGACCUUAACGAGCUCCCACCUGAAUGGGUCCACGACCAGAAGGGGAAUGGCGACGCAUGCUGA